AUGAAUGCUCACGACAGCUGGAAACCAGAGAGCUUACUACUGGAAGCGCAACCGAAGGCCAUGGAUCACUGCCUUGUCGUGCUAAAAGUUAUCGUUGUCCUUUUUUUAGCAAUUGGUAGCGGACAAUUGGGAGAGGAGAAGAAAGUCGAAGUUAAGAUGUCAGACCGACGAAUGAAAUUCCCUUACACAUUUUCUGCGAAGAUAGCACAAUUUCCAUUGCGGUUCUAUCUUAAGAAUCAGUGGGUCUGGAGAUACUACUUCAUAAGUCUUGUUGCAUGUUCGCCAGUAUUCAUUGCUAUCAGCAGAUUAGCUAAUUCACCAGGAAACAAAGCAAAGUGGGCCGAGAUGAAGAGGAAGGAGCUAGCUGAACAUCAUCAUUAGUGUAGUUGAAUUUGUUAAUGUUGUAGAAUGCUACUUGUACAAUAAAGGUUCUGUUUCACUAUGUA